UGUCGCCGUUUCUCACUUCCAACUCGUAUAGCUGAAUCUGACCUUCCCCAUUAAUGGCUACCAUACGGCUCAUAUAUCUACUCUCCAUUUUUUAUUUACCUUUUGAUUCUCUUUUCUUUCUCUUCUUUAUAUAAUUCUCUCUGUGCAAAUUUCUUCCAAAUUUCAUCGACGAUGGCUGCCGAGUUUUCCAACUGCGUCGAGUACGGUCUCCAUUUAUCGAAGCGAAUUUACUAUGGAAAAGGAUCGGCUCCGGCGGCUCUCGCGAGGCAGAUGACCAGAGUGUCGGAGGACUACCUUCCUACGGCUCCUAUGGUGUACGCAGUCGUACCGGAGCCGACGAUUGUGGACAAUCCGGAUGUUCCGAGCUACCAGCCUUACGUGCACGGGCGUUGCGUACCGCCUGCGUUGAUUCCGCUGCAUAUGAACGGAGUUGCAAUGGAAAUCGAUUGCUGUUUCGAUACUGCGUUCAUUGGUGUUAGCGGAACGUGGCGCGUCCACUGCGUCAUGGCCGGCAAAGGCUGUGAGUGUCUUAUCGCGGUGCCGAUGGGAGAGCAGGGUUCACUUCUAGGUGUUGAAGUUGAUGUUACUGGAAGUUCACAUCGCACUGAAUUAGUCUCCAUGGAAGAUCUGGAAGCUAUAGAGAAGCUGGCAAAAUCUGAAGAUGGAAGGUUUCUGAAAGGGCGCCGGAUAUACACAUUAAAAAUUCCCAAGGUCGAUGGUGGCUGUACUGUUUCAGUCCGAAUCAAUUGGUCACAGAGAAUACCAUACCUCGACAAUCUCUUCUGUCUCAGCGUACCUUUCAAUUUUCCAGCUUACGUAGAUUCUCCUGGGAAGAAAAUCAAGAAGAAUCAAAAGAUCUUACUGAAUAUAAAUUCCGGUACUUCGUCAGAAGUUGUAUGUAAAUAUACUAGCCAUCCGAUGAAGAUUCUAAGACGCGAAGUUGGCAACUUAAGUUUCUCGAACGAAGCAGAGGUCUCAACAUGGUCAACUAUGGAUUUCGAUCUUUCGUACUCUAUUUCUCCCAGUGACUUGUUUGGUGGUGUGCUGCUGCAAUCGCCGUCUCUUCAUGAUUUUGAUCAAAGAGAAAUGUUUUGUCUGUACGUUUUUCCCGGCCAGAACCAGGAUCGAAAGGUUUUCAGAAAGGAAGUAGUAUUUAUUAUUGACAUAAGCGGAAGCAUGAAAGGUGGUCCUCUCGAGAGUACAAAGCAUGCGGUGCUCGCAUCACUUUCUGAGUUGGGUCCUGAAGAUACUUUUAACAUAAUAGGGUUUAAUGGAGACACUAAAUUAUUUUCAUUAUCAAUGGAGCAAGCAACCAACGAAGCAAUUACAAGGGCAACAGAGUGGAUUGACGCUAAUCUAGUUGCUAAUGGUGGUACUAACAUCCUGCUUCCCGUGGAACAGGCUAUAAACAUGUUGGCUGAAACCGGCAAUUCCAUUCCCCUCAUUUUUCUCAUUACCGAUGGUUCUGUUGAUAAUGAGAGAGAUAUAUGCAAUCUUGUGAAAGCUUCUUUGAAGAGUGGAAAGACAAUCUGUCCUCGUUUGUGCACUUUUGGUAUUGGUACAUUUUGUAACCACUACUUCUUACAGAUGCUAUCAGAAAUUGGGAGGGGGAUUUACGAUGCCGCUUAUGAUGUAGAUUCGGUUGAUUCUCGGUUCCAGAGAUUAUUCAAAAAAGCCUCAUCGCUCAUUCUCGCCAACAUCACCGUGGAUGCUUUCAAGCAUCUUGCUUCCCUUGAGUUGUUUCCAACUCAAGUUCCAGACCUUGCAUGUGGAAGCCCAUUGAUAAUAUCGGGUCGAUACAAUGGAAGCUUUCCAGAAUCUUUUAAAAUUAGUGGCAUCUCAGCAGAUAUGAGCAACUCCACAAUCCAUCUGAAAGCUCAAAGAGCGAAAGAACUGCUCCUUGAUAGGGUGCUUGCGAGAAGACAAAUCGAUAUAACGACUUCACAUGCAUGGUUACAUGAAAGCAAGGAGUUAGAAGAUAAGGUUACAAAAAUUAGCAAACAAACUGGGUUUCCGUCCGAGUAUACUCGCUUGAUUCUAAUACAGACCAACGAAGGGAAGAAAGCACCAGCCUCCACUAUCGUACAAGAGAUGCGUAAGAGAUUGGAGGUGUCGAAGUCGAAGGUGGUGGAAUGGAAGGGGCAGAAGAUGAGGUUAUUAGGGAAGCAAGGCGUGGGAUUCGGGAACUUGGCGGCGACGGCGGAGAAUAUGCAGCCAGGAAAGGAAAUAAAGGCAGCCCAAGCCACAGAGCUGCUGGUGAAAGCCGCAAGCAACUGCUGUGGCCGACUCAUCGACCGCUUCUGCUGCCUGUGCUUCAUAAAGUCUUGCAUGUAUUUGAACGACCGCUGCGUUGUGGCCUUCACGCAACUCACCGCCGCUCUCGCCUGCUGCGAGAUCUUCAACUGCUGCUUCGAAUUAUGUGAAUGUGAUUGCUUCUGAAAUCUCAAUCUUAAUAACUAAUCAAUAUUAUUAUAUGUCUAAAGCUUCCUCAAUUCAACUCGGUCAUGUUGGAAAAAUCAUGUCCUUGUGUUUGUAAAUUAAAUCUAGUGUUGUUUUUUAGUUCAACAAGAGCUUAUAACCAUUAUAGAGUU